AUGAACGGCACAACUGUGUACCUCGGAGAUGAAAACGUUUACAUUAACAAAGACUUGCUGAACGAAUCGGGAACAAGAUUUUAUGAGAAGAUCGCGCGAGAGAGCGAAGUCCCUGUGAUAAAGCAGUUAGCCCUUGAAGGGAAUCAUGAAAAAUUAAGGCCAUCGAGAAGAAAACCAGCACGUUAUCCGCGCACUAAUUCAGACGCGGGCGUGGUUGGACGACUGUUGUGUAUAAUUGUUGCUGUUGUUGCGGUAUUAAUUCUGAUCGCUGCUGCCACAUUAACGCUAGCUGCACUGGUGAUGUUUCACACUCCUAAGUCUGAUUCAGCAGAUUUUACCUCACUACAAGGUAAGUGGUUUGUUCAGUAAAUCAGUGUUGGUAAAUUAGGUUCCAGAAAAAAGCCAGAUGAUGAGAGAAGAAUAGGGCGCGACUUGUGUUUUAAUCUGUUUCACCCCCUCCCCUUUUGCCCCUGCUUUGCGCCUGCCGUGCAUGCUAACUCAAAACAACAAAUGAAACAGUAUCAAAACUGAUCAUCAUAACUUUAUAAAUUUUACACUACCAUACUUUUUGUACGAUUGAUGACCCGAUCGUAAGAUAUUUUCGAACAUACUGCAAACAGAGGGUCUGAAAAGCUUUUGCAUGAUCUGUUACAACAUAUUCAAUCCUAAUAAAUAAUUGUUAAGUUAUUUUAAAAUUUUUUGAUGCCACAAAAGUAAGAAGAACGUGACAAUAUGAAAAAUGUGUCCUGAAGUGUUAAAAAAAGCUCAGACUUACUGUGUUACUUAAUACUACCGUGUUUUGAUAAAACCCCACGAUGUAUCAAAAGUCAUCGACAGUUAACGAUAGCAGGGCAAAAGUUCAAAUAAUAUACACUUACUAUCUGUUAAUGCACUUCCUAUAAAAAUGUUGCACUUCUAAUCAGAAAAAAACCACUCGAACAUGUAGGGAAACCACGAAAAUUAGAAGUAAGUGUAAAACACAAACCUAUUGCCUAUUUGCCGAUAUCUUAGGGAUGUUUUACCUCAUUGACCAAAGUUGUACCUUGGAAUUGAAAUAUUUCAAAGUUGACCAAACGCAUAAAAAAAUUUCGUGAUGAAGAAAGAGGUAAUAAAAAGGGUUAAUAGGGCAAAGAUAUCGCUUAAAAUAAUCAUCCACCCAUUUACCUACAAACUGAUAUAAUAAGAUGGUCCUUUCUAGAAUAAGCCGACAUUGUUAUAAUUAUUUUCAUCAUAUAAGGUGUCAUUAAGGAGAAGUUUGACGUUGGAAAGGUAUGACGAAAUUAACCACCAACAAACAUCUGCGGAAGUUCGAUAUACUUGGUAUUGUUUGUACUUAGUAUUUAUAAGGGUGAUUUGUUAUAGGACAACAAUACGUCUUUAUGAUGAGCAAUAUUAAAUACGAUUAUAUAAUGAAUAUUACAAAUGGAUAACUGCUGAAUGCGGUGUACAAUUAGUCACGUGAAGGAUUAAAAAUGGAUUUAAUUUGAUUAAUUUUUUUUUUACAAUUUGUCACACUGGUGUUUUAAGGAUAAGCUCUGCAAGCGUUUUUUUUUUCCAUAGUCUUUGAAGUUCUCCGCAUUGGCAGCUGCUCGGCAAAAAAAAAAGGGAAUAACCUGUCUUUCCUUACAAUUUUUGUAUAACCAGUCAAAGUCGCAUCACUCCUUUAAUCUUCAGUCCCCAAACUAAGAAGCGUAUCUUUCUUAAUCUGAUCACGAGUAAAAUAAGGCACUGCAUGCUUUCGAGUUUAAUUUAAAAAGUUGUUUCAAGAGCAGAAAUGAAAGAAAAUGUCGAGUUUUUUCCCGUGUUUAUCGUAAAAAUGUAGAAAGUGAUUGCUCAAUCUUGCUUUACCUAAUGCGUGAUUUGGGGUUUUUACACUGUAUAAUUAUUUGAAGUUCGUGAUCUCCAAAUAAAACUGGAUAUUUCUGCCUAAUCUUAUCGCGACCCGUAAAUCAAAUCGGAAAUUGCGAGAGAUUUGUGUGUGAUUUUGGUUGAUCAUCAUUUAUUGCUGUCUUAUAUUUUGAUCGUUAUUUUGUAAAUAAACAUCUCUGCCUCGAACGCUGUGAUAUGUUUGUCAUCGUCUUCUAUCACAUUAUCACAAAUUCAGUCGUGUGUAACUUUAAAUCCAUGAAAGGGAAUACUCUCCGUGAGUCAUCCGAGAGACGCGUUGAGAGGGUCGAUGAUUUACGUGACUGAAUUUCGCAAAGGAAUAUACCCGCAUAUGAGACCUUAUUGAUUGAGUGGCUACAAUUGUAUUGCUCUCUAAAAUAAAUAAUAUAUCCUCACAUAAAAACUGGAUUGCCUUCACAGCACCAUAUCAAAUAAAAACUAAUUUAAUCCGAGAUCCAUUUCUAGGAACCAGGCCAUUUGUCGGAGCCCCAGUAGCUGAUUUCAAUGCAUUCAGGUUUUCCUUUCAGAAAGGACACGUGGCGGCCGCAAUAAUUCCUGACAAGGCGCGUGCUGUCGCUAAGUGGGUGGUUAGGUGAUCUUGUUUACCCUAAAAUUUCUUCUUUUCGCCACACGAAUUUACUUUGCUAAAGUUAGAAAGAGGAGUUUUGCAAUAUGAGAUACUCUGAUUUUAUCAACCGACCAGCCACGUAAUUACACCCAGUCCUGUAGUGCUAUAUUAUAUUACAACCGUUGGUUUGCAAGAUGUUCAAAAAAAACACCGACCUCCGCUUGUGCAUGACCUCCGCUUAAAAGCACGAUUCACAACGUGGCCCCAACAAUUUGUAGGUGACUGACUGUGGCCAUUUUUAGCAAUCGACAGUGACUUUUUGUUUAGUUCAAUAAUUAUCACAAACAAGACAAAGAUCAUUUAUUGUGAAAUAAAACAGCUCCUCGCAGCACCCCAGAAGGUUUGUUCUCGCUGAAUAGGAUGAUAAACUUUGAAACUUUUAAAUUGAAACCUGCAAGUGCACGCGCACUUGUCCAAUAACGGAAUUUCUACAACUAACGUUGCAGAUAUACAGGUCCAACACAAAACCCACUGCACUCAGUCAAAAAAAUUUCACUGACCCCAUAUAAGUGGAAAGCAUCCUCGAUCGAUGCAAACAAUGUAAAAACCGUAGCAUUUUUUUGAUUCCAUUCUGUUCUAGUCUGUUAUACCAAAUCUACCCCCACUGAUUAUUAAGGGCCUCUCGGAGGUUUGGGUGGGGGGAAGGGAACAUGACCAGGGAAACAAAAGCUUUGAUGGAACAAGGGAACUAUUGAGCUUUUGUAAUUUGUGAAAACACGGAAUGACUAAGGAAACAUUGAUAUAUAUAUAUAUAUAUAUAUAUAUAUUCUAGCUUGGAAGAAUAUUUCUUUUGUACAAUUUUAUUACAGACCCUUGUCGGUCUAUAUUUUUGGUGUUUGUCGCAGUUACUUGCGGUGUCGUCUGCAGUGAAACCUGUAUCAUGUCAAAUAUGGAAAUUGUCAACUACCCAUGUCCAUGUCCAUGGUGCAGCAUUUAGAAAUUUUGACAUUUGACAAUUUCCAUAUUUGGCAUAAUGCAAAAUAUAGAAAUUUCGAUAUUUGGCAAUUUCCUUAUUUGGCUUGAUGCAAAAUAUAGAAAUUUUGUUAUUUGCCAUAUUUUAUAAUCAAGAAAUUUUCGUAUUUGACUUAUAUAUAUUUUGUUAUUUGACGAUUUCCACUUUUGACAUGACACUGGAAAAAACAAUUUUGAUAUUUGACAUUUAUGAUGAACAACUUUCCAUAUUUCACACGAAACACAAUAUAAAAUUAUUUAAUUCAUAUUGACAUUUAUAUUGGUAAAAAUGUCUACAUAGUUCAUGAUGCAGAAUCUUUUUAUGAUAUUUGACAAUUUUCAGAUUAUAAAUGAUACAGAAAAGAGAAAUUUUGCUAUCUGACAUUUAUAGCCAAUAAAUUUGUAUAUUUGAAAGACUGCAGAAUAAAGAAAUUUGGAUAUAUGAAAAUUUCCAUAUUUGACAUUCAUCAUGAAGAAUUUCCACAUUUUUGAUUUUGCGGAAUAUAUAAAUUUUCAAUAUUUAACAAUAAACAUAUAUGCCAAGAUGAGGACUAUAAACAUUUUGAUAUUUGUCCAAUUCCAUAUCUGAACUCAUGUAAAAUAUAGAAAUUUUGACAUUCAUAAUCAAAAAUAUUUUAUAUUAAUUACAAUUAUUUUUUUUAAUUUUUUUAAUAAUUCCAUAAUUCACAUGAUACAGAAUAUGUAUUUUGAUAUUUGUCAUUCAUUAUGAAGAAUAUAGAAAUUUCCGUAUUUUACAUAAAGCAGAAUACAGAAGUUUUGAUAUUUGACAAUUUCCAUUUUGUUACAUCAUACAGAAAAUAGAAAUUUCGUCAUUUCACAUUAACAAUCAAGAAAUUUCCAUAUUUCGCGUAAUGUGCAAAUAUAGAAAUUUUCAUAUUUUGACAUUCACAAUCAAGAAAGUUUUAUAGUUUUUAAAAAUGAUGGACAAUAUAGAAUUUUUGAUUUUAGAUAACCUCGGGAAACAUAUUAAAUUCUUCAAGAGGAACAUGGGGAGAAACUGGCAAAACUCAUUUUAUCAACGGUUUUAGUUACUAACUUUUCUAAGGCCAUCGCAGUCGGCAAAGGAAGACACUAAUUUACAAGGAAAAUUCUAAGAAUACAAGUUUGUAAGUGCGAAGAAAGUUGACGUCUCAUAAUAUUUUUAGGGUCAGGUACUUUAUCAAUAUCAAUUUCCGUUUCGAGCAAUAGGUAGCCUACAAAGCAGGCGUAUUUUGGAGCGCGAUCCAUGGAUUGUUUUCAGGAAUGACGUUGUCCCGCCAUCUUGGACGUUAAUACUACCAGAAAGUUGGGACGAGUCAAAAAGUGAUUUUAAAGGAGAGGUAGAUGGGUUUAAAAUCUUUUUCGUUGCUUUUCAAGAUGGCGGCCACGAUCAAUGUACCUCCGCGUUUUCGUUAAAAAACGCCUGCUCUGCAGGCUAAGCAAUAUUCCGACUGUCAAACUUGCACUUUAUCUUCAGCCAGCGCAUGCAAAAACAAUCUGCGCCAGACUAGACAUAGGCUUGUUUGGAAGGUGUUUGCCCCAAUUUUUUAUCUCUUUCUUAAAUUUAAAAUACUUACAUAUAAUUCAACUGUUGAUUCCCAUUCAUUAAGGAAGGUACAUCCUGGGAUGCUUUCAAUUAACAUUUCACCAGCAUAAUUACUUGUUCUUUUUCUCUAUUUUUGAUCCUCUUCGUGAAUAACAAACUUUCAGCUGAACUGGAAGAAAUAAAGAAAACUUUUUCGCAGAUCGCCAGUGAUUCAGAGGUAAGUUGCAAAACAACUGGUAACAAAAAAUAAGCAAGGCUGACUGUACAGGCUAGCUAUGAGAUAAUAUUUUCUUUCAAUAAUUCCUCAGGUACGGCCUGACGUCUUUAGGGAAUGACAAGCUUUUCUUGGCUUUUUUAAAUUAUAACGGCCUUCUUAGUGAGCCACAUUUCCUGAAGAAGUCAGGCCGUGCCAGACGAAAUAUUAACGGAAGGAAAUAUAAUCUCGUAGCUGUAAAGUCAGCUUUGCUUUCUUUUAAUUGUACGCUAACGAAACAUUCUGCUGACUGAAUCUAUCAGAAUCCGUCACCUUUUUCGGUGGGAAAGUUGAUGGGUUAGUUGAUAAGCAGGUUGCUUGUUUGAUAAAGCACUGGGUUUUGUGAUUGGUUUGUGGUUGCCUAGGUUACCUUCAUGACGAUAACGUUGGCUUACUCACUGGUUAGUUGACUGGUUUAGCACGUUCGUUGCCUGCUUGGUGGGCUACACAUGGCUAGCUGUUGAAUUAGUCAGCCCUUCCGUAGCUAAGUUGGUUGGUAGGUUAGUUAGCUGGUUGAUUAGUAUUUAGAUAGAUUGGUAAACUGAGUUUGCUGCCUUCAUAGGCGACUCAGAUUAGCGUUAGUUAGCUGUUAAUUUAGAUGGUAAAUUGGUCUUUUCGUUGGUUAGUAUGUCAGUUGGCUUGUUGGUCGAUCGGCGAAUGAAGGGGUCAGUUUCAAAAAAAAAUUAUGGUGCUCCGUCCUUAGAGGAGUGAAACACGUAGCCAAGGAUAUUGACACGGAUUGGAAUUAUGAUUUUCGAAGACUUGUUAGCCUAACGGUUUUCAAAAUUCACUUCUACUGAGUUGUAGUUUAUAACGCUGGAUGUACAAGGGGUCUCUCAUUACCACAAAAGAAUCAGAACUAUACUUUUUCUUUCAUUAGGUAAAUAUAAAAGCGAUCCAGCAAGAAGCGAACGUAAAGAAACAGGACUUGAAAAAUCUUGCUCAAGAGGUAAUUGUUCAGGCAAAAGGAAACUUACAGUGAGUUCGACUAGGGUAAUCUUAAUCAAAUGCAAAAUCCAAAGAUGGUUUUUGCCAAACAGAAAUCCACCUGCUAGAUGGACGUUAAUGAACAGAUCCACACACGAAAUCGGCUUUUUGUAUUUUGUAUUUGAGUCGGUCAGUAAUCCUUCUUCCUAGACGAAUUUCCCAGUUAAUGGGCCCUUUCCAGCCAUAGGUCAUUUAUGUUGCACAAAACCGCCAUGCUGGAGAGUAGGAGACACACUGGAAGAAGACAAACAAAGGAAAUUUUCAUUUUAUAUGAUAUGAGCCCUUUGUUUGUCUUCUCCUAGUACGUCUGUUGCAUGCCCUCCAGCAUUGCCUAGUUUCAGAUCGAGAUGGGCUGGGUAUGAGUGGGUUUAUUAUGGGAUAAACAACACGAGUCCCAAAUAGUCAGAAAGAGCACACUGAAAUUGGCAACAUUCUCACGUUUGGUGUUUAUUGGGCCUCUAUUGAACAAGAUAUAUAGACGUCCGGACGAUGAGUCCGUCAAUCCAUAAAUCAAGAUUCUAAAAAGCUCUAUCUUGUUCAAUAUUGGCCCGAUCGACACCAAACUCCAGAUUUUUCAUAACCUCGAUGUGUUUUUUCUUACUAUAUGGGUCUCGUGAUGUUUAUGCCAUAAUAAACCGACUCGUACCCAGCCCCUCUUGAUUUGAAACUAGGCAAUGGAGGUUUUGUACCACGUGAAUGACUAGCUAGCAAAGGGCAUUUUUUAUACAAUGUAGUGUUGUUACUACAUCAGCGAUAUUUUACUACAUGGAAAUCUUACGCGAAAAAAAAAAUAAUGGAGCAAUAAUAUUGGUAUGCACGCUGACAAAGCAAUAAAAAGAAGCGUGAAAUAUUGAAAAGCAUUUUUUUAAUUGUUGUUCUAGGAAAAUAUAACGCUGCUUUACCAAAUGACGGAAGCCAACAUACAAGACAUUGUCCAGUUACAUCAAAAGGUAAAUGAUAGUUCCACGCAAGGCUUUAUUGUUAAAAAAUUUUACUACUUUCACUACUUUCAUUAAACUCACCUAAGUACUAAACUCACCAUCAGUGAUCAUCAUCAAUUAGCCCUUGUGCAGUGACGCGUCAUGCAGGAAAUCUUCCCUCCUUAUGCGAGGUGUGUAGCUUCUUUUUUGGUUGAAGUUUCCGUUUCCUUAAAGACUUAAUCCACCUUUUCUGGAUAUACCACGUGCUUUAAAACCAGACGAACGUAGCUGGCACGCUCUAAGAGCUGGUUAUUGAUUCCCGCCAAGGCAAGGUACCACUCCAAACACUUCUCUAAAUAUUUUGCAUGUUCGUGAUCAAGAUCCGCUGUGCUGUAGCAGCUGUUUUCAAUUUUAUCUGGAUACGUGUGAACGAGGCCUUAAUUGAUUUCCUCGUUUUAGUUAAUGAACACAAGUAGAGCACCAGGCCCCAGCGGGCCUGCCGGACCUCGUGGGACUCCGGGAUACAACGGUACCCAAGGACCUCCUGGUAUCGCAGGGCCACCAGGGUCUCCUGGAGCAGGGAAUCUGUCAUUUUGUUCUUACAAGCAACUAAGAAGUUCUUCGUCUUCUCGGGAAGUGGUCAACGCAACUGAAAAGAAGGUACGAACCUAAAUGUUUAUGUCGGAAACGAUCUUUAGAUUAACUUGCGUUGGUGGUGCCCGUAACUGAAACCAAAGGAAUGCUCCACCACAAAGAUCUAGGAGACUCGUGGGCAUUAGACUUGCAAGAUUCAUCUGAUAAACAUCUAGUCUAGUAACCAGCAAGACAUAUGUUCGAGGCGUCCUUGAAGGACUCGGAUUUCCUUUUUUCCAAGACACCUGUGUUACUGACUGAAAAAAAAGAAAACAUCAUCCUCGUCUCAAGAAUUCGCCAGCCUUAAAAUUCAUCAUCACGAUUAUAUCAUCGCAAACAUGCCACAUGUUCAAAUUCCUGGUUCGUACGUCCUAACAAAAGGCAGGAUGUUUGCCACAUUAACCACUGGUUUUAUUACUUGAUUCAUCAUGUCAACUCGCCUGUAGCUCAGUGGUAGAGUUUCUAGAAAGUCAUAGGUUGGGCAACGCCUUUAAGUAAAAUUCAGACUGACUUUUUCAGAGAUACCUUGUUCUUUAGAGUGAUUUUACUUGACCCGUGAAACAGAUAAUAACAACUAGUGCAAAAUAGCUACACGCAAACAAAAGAAGACAAUGGAAUAAGGGCCGAUAAUAGUGCGUAAUAUUCUACUACCUAUUUUUCAGGUAAAGUAGAAUCACUCUAUUUUGGUGUAUUAUAUGACACCGAAAAAGUUAUAUCACCCUGUCAACACAGUCUUUAUAUACCUUCACUAAUUUAUUUUCGUUGAGUACAGGAUGAUUUUCGAUGGUGACUACCCUCUGUAAGUCUUGUCCUGCUAGCGUAUGAUCAUCACCCAGAAAGAGAAAUACCACAUUCGUAAAGGGACUCCUUUAACCAGCAUCAUCUUGUUCCUUGGCAGGGUCAGAAAUUCCUUGGUGUGAACUGUGGAACGAAUGAUGCAUCCGUUAAGGUUGUAGAGCUCACAAGCACCGCCACUCCAGAUGGCCUCAGAGAAUACCAGUGCAACUGUAAAAAUGUUACUACUAGUGGAGCCCAUUGUUACAUUCACUACUCGGAAUGCCCAGUGUGAAUUAGGAAGAACUAAACAGGGUGCUGCCCAAACGAUCUGAGAAUCAAACAACUAGCCAAGAUAAUAAACGAUAAAAAGUCGAGUUCAGAUUUUCUAAAUACAGUUAACCCUCUCUAAACGGACACCUCAUUUAAACGGACACUUAGGGUCGGUUAUUUAAAUGGAGUUUAGCCAGUGUUUAACGACAAAACCACGUCUAAGCCAUUUUCAGUUUGCCCGAACGCUCUUAUCGAAACACCGUUUAUCGUGAGCAGUUUUAUUAAAAAAUAAAGCAUAGACUAGAAAGGCACUUGAAAUAACCAACUAAGGAAGAGAUCUAGAGGUCUAAAGAUUUGUUAAACCGCGGCGUAAGUGAGACUUUGUUUAUGUAAUCGACCCUUAGGGUUUGUUCCUGCCUUUCUUUACUUCUUUGAGUUGACUCGCGGACAUCUCUCUACGACGAACACNACCCUUUUAAAUAUUUAUCAAUCAUUGAUAUUGCCUUAUCUGACAUAUGGUUUGGCGGCUUGGGGUCAAGCUGCCAAAACCCAUUUACAAAAAAUUCUCGUGCUUCAAAAACGAGUCCUUCGUUUGAUGUAUUUUUCUGAACCUAGAGCCCAUGCUGUGCCUUUAUUUAUUUCCUCAAAAAUUGUACCCUUACAAAUGUUAUAUGCUGAAAAAGUAUCUUCCAUAAUGUUUGACGUCUCCAGUAUGAAUGCUCCGUCUAACAUCUGUGAUUUCUUCACUAAAGCUAAUUCAAAGCACAAGCAUGAAGCCAGGUUUUCUUCGUCUGGAAAUUAUUAUGUCCAAACUUCAAGACUGAAUCUAAAUCAAGAUUCUUUUUCUAGGUUUGGACCUAAACUUUGGAACGCAAUUCCUAACGAAUUUCGUCAACUCUCCAAAGGAGCUUUUCAAAAAAAUUUUCAUGACUUUUUGCUCUCGAUAACGGAAGCAGAGGACGAUUAUGUUGAAGUGCCUAUUCUCCUACAAAAAAUGGCAAAUUCUGCAUCCUCGAUUCAAUGCACUAAUCAUUGAUAGGUUCUGUUAGUAGUAAAAUUGUCUUGUAAUAUCAUUCUGUAAGACUAUAUAUUUUGUAACUUUAGCUUGUUUUUCUGUAAUUCUUAUUUAUUAUAUACAUACUGAGAAAUACUCACCAAAAAGCUAUGUCGUAAAUUUUCGUACGCAAAUUAGUUCUAGCCAAUCAGAGGAGCGAACGAUGGUUUUCACUCGUGAAAAAAAUGAUACGUCCAAUCAGAAUCGCGAACGAUGUUUUUUCACGUGUGAGAAAAAUGAUACGUCCAAUCAGAGGCCACAGAGGUGUGUGAGUUUCGCGCCAAAAUUCCCGCCUUUUAUUGCAGCUUGCAGCGCCGCUUCGCACACUUUCAACAAGAAAAGUUUUACUCGAAGAGUUUUUCUCGCUAAAAAAGUGAAAAACAUUUCGGAAAUGGAGUGAAAUAGUUUCGUUUGUUUCAUUGUCGAUAAAGAAAACGGUAGAGAGCCGGCGAAACAACAGCGGAAAGGGAAAAACAGAACGAGACGUAAGCUUUUGUUGUGCUUUUAGUCGGAGCUACUUUGUCUUUCAAGGCCCGUUUACACGUUAAAAGAGAAGGAACGGCUCGGUUAGAAACAAGUACCGGUUCCAGACGAAAUCUCCUGUUUACACGUACAAAUUCUGUAAUGUGUCCGACAGAAAAAGGCACGGUACUUCAGAGCCCCUUGGAACGGGUACUAGACUGUUUACACGUUUUUUUCUUCGAGACAGGUAACGAUAGAGCCAACGAUAAUUAAAUAAAACUGCUUCGAUUAGUUGUUCAUAUGCGCUUACACAUAUAUUGGACUGUGCGUAUCUCCGACAAUCAUGGAUUCAGGUUUACAAGCACUUUUCUGGUUUCUUCUGAAGAAGAGAACACGAAAUUCACGUUUGACUGCGCGUGCGAUUCUUCAAAGAAGUGCUUCUGAGAGAAUGAACCGAAUUUAUAGGAGAAAAAAAAAGGCUUACGGUUCUUCUAUUAAAAGCCGUUGUAUCGCACUUCAUAGUCGAAACGAGCUUGUGGCAAAUGCCAAGAACAAGCGCUUGGUUUGAUUUUGCACAAAGCACUUACUCUGACAAUCAAUGGUAUGCUAGCUUUCGAGUAUCUAAGAAUACUUUCCAGUUUCUUUUUCUAACACGUUUGUGACGUAGGCUAAACAACUGACGUAGAGCACCACAGGCUCAGAAAAAACGUAAAAGAACGGUACCGAAAAAAGAGCGAGCGUUUACACGUUGAAAAGAAAACAAAAAUGUAGGUACGGAACCGUUUUUUAUCGGUUCCGUUCCGAAAGGGGUCCAUAGCCGCCUAUGGACCUUUUAAGAAACGGAACGGAUAAAACUGGAACGGGUCAAGAACCGUUUACACGUCAAAUUUUGUCGGAGCCGUUCGUCUUUUUAUCCGAGCCGUUCCAAUUUUUUCGGUCGUGUAAACGGGCCUUCAUUUAAGCUUAAGCUUAUAUUGAAACCGGAUAUUUUACUUAAAUUCACUCAUUUUCAAUUGUGCAUUGACAACAAACAGUUAACAUUACUUAUAGUUCUAGGAUUACCUCAUAUCCUUACCGUCAUUUAUGUUUUUAACAAACCUUUUUACCAAAAAGCUGAUGCUUCGUUUUCGUUGUCAUUUUGCGGCAAGUGUGUAGCGGCAAAUAAGCAUUUUUGAAAGAUUUAAAAUAAAAAGGCCGCCAAAAUGAUGAAUGUCUCGGUAUGUAUAUAAAGGAGACUCGUGGGCAUUAGACUUGCAAGAUUCAUCUGAUAAACAUCUAGUCUAGUAACCAGCAAGACAUAUGUUCGAGGCGUCCUUGAAGGACUCGGAUUUCCUUUUUUCCAAGACACCUGUGUUACUGACCGAAAAAAAGAAAACAUCAUCUUCGUCUCAAGAAUUCGCCAGCCUUAAAAUUCAUCAUCACGAUUAUAUCAUCGCAAAUAUGCCACCUGUUCAAAUUCCUGGUCCGUACGUCCUAACAAAAGGCAGGAUGUUUGCCACAUUAACCACUGGUUUUAUUACUUGAUUCAUCAUGUCAACUCGCCUGUAGCUCAGUGGUAGAGUUUCUAGAAAGUCAUUGGUUGGGCAACGCCUUCAAGUAAAACUCAGACUGACUUUUUCAGAGAUACCUUGUUCUUUAGAGUGAUUUUACUUGACCCGUGAAACAGAUAAUAACAACUAGUGCAAAAUAGCUACAUGCAAACAAAAGAAGACAACUUUCAACUCAGUCUUAAUAUACCUUCACUAUAAUUUAUUUUCCUUGAGUACAGGAUAACUUUCGAUGGUUACCACCCUCCUUACGUCUUGUCCUGCUAGCGUAUGAUCGUCACCCAGAGAGAGAAAUACCGCAUUCGUAAAGGGACUCGAUUUAACCAGUAUCAUCUUGUUCCUUGGCAGGGUCAGAAAUUCCUUGCUGUGAACUGUGAAACAAAUGAUGCAUCCGUUAAGGUUGUGGAGCUCACAAGCACCGCCAAUUCAGAUGGCCUCAGAGAAUACCAGUGCAACUGUAAAAAUGUUACUACUAGUGGAGCUCAUUGUUACAUUCACUUCUCGGAAUGCCCAGUGUGA